AUGGAAGAGAUGAAUGAGUACGAAAGAUUGAGGGAGGAACGGAUCAAGCGAAAUGAGGCCAUGCUCGCCACCUUGCAGGUGGGAAACAUCGUUGAUAGCCUGGUGUCAAAAGAGGUGGCUGCAAAGCAGAAAGCUGCUGAAGAAGAGGAGCGCAGGAAAGCCUAUAUCCGUGCAGAACUGGCAGCUGUUGAGCCACGCCGCAAAUCUGAACGUGCGACCGCUGCUCAGACACGUCUGAAGCUUGCCAAGCAUGCAGAGAGUAAGGCUGAUGUGAGCGGGAGUGGAGAGAGUGACAGCGAACGUUCAGCCUCACAGAGUGGCCUGUCACGUGAGGAGGAACUUGAAUAUGACCCUGUGGCUGAUGUGGAGCAUACCAAGGACGACCAAGAGAGCUCAGAAGAAGAAGACGAGCAGAAGUCAGAGGAAGGGCAGGACUCGGACCGCGCAGAGCUGCAGCAGCCACCAAGGAGAAGCAGGCAGGGAGGGAAUGGGAAGUCCCGCCGCCGAGGGAAGGACAAGCAGCCAGCAGGGCGGUGGGAUGCUGAGCCAAUUGCCAUGAGUGAUGAGGACGACGGCUGCGAUGCUGACCUGCAACGCGCGCUGGCAAUGUCCCUCAUGGAGGCGAAUGGAUCUGAUGCUGGGCCCAGCACUUCAGCUGGGAAUGGUCAGGGUCCUUCCGGCCGAGGCACUGAUGUGCCUGACCAGCAGGCAAAGCAGCCCGCAGCAACUGCCCUGGCCGCCUCAGUUAAGCCGUCAGGCAGGAACGGCAGGAAAGCCGAGGGGCAAGGGACAGGAGGAAAUGGCAGUGAACAGCAAGGGAAGGUCAGAAGUAGUGGGAAGCGCAAGAAGGUGUCAGCACUGGAGGCCGGCCCACAGGAGAUCAAGAAAGCAUUCUCCAUGAUCGCGCCCCGCAGCAAGAGAAUAUCCCAGGAAGCUCUUGCCGUGGUGUGGGAGGACGUGCGCGGGGGCAAGCUGGAUCCUACUUCUGCAAACAACAUGAUGAAAUAUGCCGCAGACGUGACAGGCUCCGAGGAACUUGAUUUUGCAGCUUUCCAAUCAUUGGUUACGCAUUUCUCAUGA